UCAAGAUUUGAUUUCUGAAUAUCUUCACUUGGUGAAUAUUCUAUAGACUGUUUAAAUAUGAUGAGGCUAGAUACAAUACUUUUUUCUUUUUUGUAAAAAGCUAGAUACAAUACUUGAUAGAGUAAUCUCCAAGUAAAGAUAUUCACAAAUGUAACCUAGAAUGUUCCAAUAAGAGAAUGACGAAAUAAUCUAUAGUUCCAGAAAUGGAAUAUUUCAUCAUCAAGGACAAGAUCUUGCUUAAUCAUUUCACAGUGUUCUUGGUUAAACAUUUCUGUCAUUUAACACAGUUAUUUUAGCCAUAGUCUUUAUUUUAAAAAUCUAAGUGGUCUCAUAAAAUACGUGUACGACUAUGUAUAUAUAUUGUAUAGUGAUAAGACGUAUUUUCAUGUUAUCUGGUAUAAUCGUGUUUUUGUCUUCAUCGAUUUGUUUUUCGAGAUAUUUUAUUACAGACAAUUUAUGAUAAACGUACAAGAAAAAGUAUCAUAAACUAAAUCCGGUGAAAAUGCAUGAUACUUUUCCUUGUACGUAUAUCAUAAACUAACUAUCUGAAAAGAAAAUGACAGAGCCAUAUUUGAAUUCGCCACUGUCCACCUUGAUUAUACUAAGCAAGAUAUGAUCGACAUCGGAUUUGAGAAAUGAGACUGAGACCAAGAGGCAAAGCAACUAAGCCACUAGAAUUUUCUGUUUUGACGGUUUACAAUAUAGGAUCACGGUUUUGUUUCUUUGCCAAAACAUUUUGAAAUAUUUGAAAUUGUUAAGAAAUCGAAGAGCCAAGCGGCUCGACUUCUUAUUGUCGUGUUAUAUAAAUUAUAUCUAUAAAAUGUGAGUACUAUAUAAGACAUGGUGAUAUAUAAUUAUAAUAAGAUAUGUCAAUUUCCGAAGCAAACUAUACAUGUAUAGGCUUCUCAUGACCUACAAAGAACACAAUCCAACCAGCUAUCUUUUGCCGCCCUGUUAUAUUAACGUUCGUAUUUAUCCUUACUGUCUCUUUCAUUUCCAAGACUUAUGGCUCUCCUUCAUUAGUUCAUUAAAACACUUCACAAAAAACAUUCGUAAUCCCCAGAAAAGAAUAAGAAAAAGUUAUUAAAAUCACAUAAUUCAAACAGUUAUGUUCACGUGGAAUAAUAUUUAAUAAUUAUUUGUAAACAAUUUGAGAUAGACUCAUAGACAAGUAUUGUGGUAUCUUUUUCUAUUAGCCGCAGUUUAUAGCAAAUUAAUUAAAUGAUAGUAGUACUUAUUUUUAAUCUUAAGAGUAAUGAUUGAUUUUACAAAAGAAAAACCUGAAUAAAUCCAAAUGUUUUUUUCUUUCUAUUUGUCUUCUCAUAAAGAGUAGCCUCUUUUUUACCAUUUCAGCCGCUCCCUGCCAUGUUUUCAGAGUCUUCAGCACAGAAAACGACACGCAUGUCACUGUCUUUCUCUCUUCAUUUCAUUUGACUCUGUUCCACUUCCUCACUAAAUUGCUAUAUAAAUAUAAGAGUCUCCCCUUGAAUUCCAUGCAUCAAUCAAACCCCAAAAUUCUCAAUUACCUCACAAUGGAAAAGGAAGGGAAGGUAGGAACGGCAAGCAGUUCAAGGUGGAACCCAACGAAAGAACAAAUAACGCUUCUUGAGAAUCUUUACAAGGAAGGGAUACGAACACCAAGCGCCGAUCAGAUACAGCAAAUCACCGGUAGGCUCCGUGUGCACGGACAUAUAGAGGGUAAAAACGUCUUUUACUGGUUCCAGAACCAUAAGGCUAGACAACGCCAAAAGCAGAAACAGGAGCGCAUCGCUUACUUCAAUCGUCUCCUCCACAAAACCUCCCGUUUCUUCCGCCCACCGCUUUGCUCAAACGUGGGUUGUGUUAGUCCGUAUUAUUUACAGCAAGUAGGUGAUCAUCACAAUCAACAUGGGCAUGGAAGUGUAUACAGACACAGUAACAAUGUGAUGAAUCCAAACGGGGGCUACGAUAAGCGCACAAUCACAGAUCAUAAGAAGCAAUUGUCUGACAUAACUACAACCGCAGCUAGACUGUCAAUGUCAUCGAGCUCACUUAGAUUUGACCGAUUUGCCCUUUGUGAUCACGGUUAUAACGGUGAGGACAUUAACGUCAAUUCUAAUGGACCGAAGACGCUUUCCCUUUUUCCUCUUCAGCCUUUGGACGCGGCCAGUGAGGAUGGUGUUGGAAAUUCCAAAAUUUCCCCUGGGCGUGACUCUCCGGUGACUUGUUUCGGUGAUGGCGGCGGACGAGAGCAGCCGUUUAUUGAUUUCUUUUCUGGUGGUUCUAGUAGGUUUGCUAAUGGUGCAAAUGGGUUGUAACAAAGGGUUUAAAUGGGAAUAAACAUUUUCUUUUUUUAUCAUUUUGUCAUUUCAUUUACAAAUGGGUUGAAAAAACAUGAAAAACUAGUUUAGUCCAAUCUGAGUAAUUUUAUUUCACAUUUAAAAUAAAAUUGAAGUACAUAUUAUAUAACAAUAAUGUCGAUCAAAACCAAAACUGUAUUACAAUAAUGUCAAUUAUAACAAAUUAGUCGCAUAUCUGGAUUUUUAUAUUUUAGUUUUUUGUGAUUUUUAUUUCGAGUUGUCUAAAAGAGAAUAAAAGAUAAAUCAUGAAAAGAUAAAGCGCUUCAAAUACAGUAGGAAAUGUGUUUUGUUUAUCCCUGAUUAUCUUGAAAAAGUAAUGAGAGACUUUGGAAAAGUCGAAAUAAACUCUUGUUUGCACAGAAAGUUAUCAGUGAAGAGGAGAUGCUACCAAAAGAAUGACUUUCUAGCCUCCAAAUGAAUCUCCAUAGGAAGGAUGCGCAGAAGUUAAAUGCAGAGACCUUCAAGUUGAUAGCUCAAAUGUGUUAUUGAAGGGAAAGACUGAUCUUGACCUUGAUUGGAUAGUAAGAAAUAGCGAUGGAAUAUUAAUGGAUAGUGUAGUGGAAUUUAAUUUGCAGGUCGUCACAACCACAAGAAAAAAACUGAAUGCUCUGCACUUACGUAUGGGCUUUACAAUCUUGCUUGUCAUUAGGAUAUACGUAUUGUAGAGAUCAAGGGAGAUAAAACAUGGUCAUCAACCAGUACUGUCAUCAACAAUGUUCUCAAUAUGAAAUCCAACAAUAUAAUCUAAAACUAAAAUAUUACAUCUAUACACUAUACUGUUAGGACUUAGGAGUCGGGAAGCCAUGUUCUGGUUGGCUAAAUUAUCACACAUGAAAAGUUCUUGUAACUAGUAUAAAUUAGCUUUUCAAAAAUACAUAUAAAUUAGCUAUGAAUACUGUAAAAUCAUCACCUCAUGAGUUUGGUCCUAGUUGUCCAAACUUUCUUCAAGAGAUUGUAAUUAG